AUGGCUUCUAAGGUGCUGUACUUGAUGCUCGCAUUUGUGGCCGCCGUAUCGGCAGCGCCCAACACUCGUCUCGUGGGCGGUGAGCACACCACCAUAGAGCAGUUUCCGUACAUCGUCGCCCUGGUGUACUAUUACCCCAGGCCUGCCAUCAGAGUACAAAGAUGCGUAGGUUCGUUGAUCUCAUCUUGGCAUGUAGUGACUUCAGGCUAUUGUUUCACUGGCGCUAUCCUUGAUAAUAUGGAGAUCCGAGCUGGCUCUACCAACAGCUUAUCCGGUGGUACCGUGGUCCGUGUAGGACAGGUGACCAAGUACCCUGGGUACGUUGAAGAGCCAAAGUCUGGUGAUCUUGCCGUGAUCCGCCUGGCUACCGCCCUGGGCAUCAGCAACACGGUCAACGUGCUCUUCCUUCCUCCUCAAAACACUUUUAUCCCCGAUGGCACUUCUCUUACCACCGUUAGCUGGGGUUUUGAAUACGUAGGCGGUCCACAGCUGGAGACCCUGAAAACCAUCACCCAAAGAAAGAUCAACAUUGAGCGAUGCAAAGCCAUUUACAGUGGUUCUACUAAAGUCGACAUUUCUGACCGCGUGAUCUGCGCCAACGAGGUCGGCCGCAGCACUUGCUUCGGCGACUCCGGAGCGCCCAUGGUCAUCGGCCAAGUUCUAGUCGGCACUGCUUCCUACCACGAGGGCUGCGGUGACGACGAGCACCCCGAUGUCUUCACCAGAAUCGACACCUAUACCAACUGGAUCAUGCAGGUGGCUACCGCGCCUGGAAGAAGUGGCUCCGAAGCGAAGAUAGCACCUGUGCUGUUUUAA